AUGAACACGGCUCGCCCGUGGGCACAGCUCACCCCCGCCCAGUCCCUCGUCGACCAGGCGUGCGACCCCACCCUCGCAGCCCCAAACCAGAUCGCCAAUAUAGAACUCGCAGAGUACAUCAACCGCAAGAAGGCCAACAGUGCCCGAGAUGCCACCAGCGCCCUCCUCCCCCACAUCAACUCCCGCAACCCCAACGAGGCCCUCCUGGCCCUCAACGUGCUCGACCACCUCGUCAAGAACUGCGGCUAUGCUAUACAUCUCCAGAUCAGCACCAAAGAGUUCCUCAACGAGCUAGUCAGGCGCUUCCCCGAGCGCCCGCCCAUGGUCGUCGGCCGAGUGAUGAGCAAGAUCCUGGACCUGCUACACGAAUGGAAGAACACCUUGUGUGUUCAUUCAAAGUACAAGGAGGAUCUUGUGCAUAUCCGGGACAUGCACAGGCUGCUAAGCUAUAAAGGGUACCGGUUCAAGUCUUUUGACGCGGCUCGGGCCAUGGCGGAUGCCAAUCCCAAUGAAAACCUCAAAUCUCCUGAAGAGCUGGAGAAGGAGGAUAGAGACGCAAAGAGCGCGAAGCUGCAAGAGCUGAUCCGACGUGGCACGCCGAGAGAUCUUGCGGCUGCCCAAGAGCUUAUGAAGGCUCUCGCCGGAGCCGAACCAGACAAGGCCAUCGACUAUACUGCUCAGACACUCAAGGAGCUUGACAAGGUCCAGUCAAAGGCAAUCUUGCUUAACGACAUGCUGAAUAAUGCUACCGAGGGGGAAAAGAUUGGUAUCGAGGGCGACGUGUAUGACCAGGUCGCUGGAGCAUGCAGAGGAGCAAGGCCAAAGAUAGUAAAGUGGAUAGAAGACGACAAUGGCGAGAAGGAGGGUAUGAUGGAUCGCUUAUUGCUCUGCAAUGACCUCAUCAAUACUGCCUUGGAACGAUUCGAAGCGUGCAAGGCUGGCGACUGGACAAGAGCUCGGGCUGUCGUUGAGAGCUCGAACCCCAACCAGAAAGCGGCCGACCUCAUAUCGUUUGACGCUUUCGAUGACGAGCCAGCACCUUCAGGGGCUGCAGGCGGCCUUUCCCUCCCUGCCGACUCUUCUUCCAAUGCCGGAAUGUCUACGGCCGGCCUUCCCCUCGACCUCUUUGCCCCUUCACCUGCUGCCACCCCCAGUCCCGCUGCGAGCUCCUCCUUUAACAAUACAUCUCAGAGGCAAGACCCCAUGGCGUUUUUCAACACUCCCCAACCUCCGGCUCAACCGGCUCAGGCCUGGGGCCAACCCCAACAAAGUGCAUCCGCCAACUUUGGCGCAUUUGGUGGCCUGGGCCAGCUCCAGCAGCCUGCCGCUAGCUCUAGCAGCAGCAGCUUUGGCUUCCAGCCAUCGCAGUCUUCCACUCCGGUGGGCUACUCGCUUUCUCCCCAACAGGCUCAGCCUCAGGCGGCUACCAACGCUCAGCAAGGGCAGCAGCAGGGGCAGGGGCAGAAGAAGGAUGUAUUCGCAGACUUGGUGGAUCUGAUGGGAUAG